AUCUCCUUAACACCAAACACUAUGCCUUCAAUUCAGUUGCAGAGUUUUGAUGGAGAGAUAUUUGCAGUUGAUGUGGAAAUUGCCAAACAAUCUGUGACUAUCAAGACCACGUUGGAAGAUUUGGGAAUGGAUGAUGAAGGAGAUGACCCAGUUCCUCUACCAAAUGUGAAUGCAGCAGUAUUAAAAAAGGUCAUUCAGUGGUGCACCCACCACAAGGAUGACCCUCCUCCCCCUGAAGAUGAUGAGAACAAAGAAAAGCAAACAGACGAUAUCCCUGUUUGGGACCAAGAAUUCCUGAAAGUUGCUCAAGGAACACUUUUUGAACUCAUUCUGGCUGCAAACUACUUAGACAUCAAAGGUUUGCUUGAUGUUACAUGCAAGACUGUUGCCAAUAUGAUCAAGGGGAAAACUCCUGAGGAGAUUCGCAAGACAUUCAAUAUCAAAAAUGACCUUACUGAAGAGGAGGAAGCCCAGGUACGGAAAGAGAACCAGUGGUGUGAAGAGAAGUGAAAUGUUGUGCCUGACACUGUAACACUGUAAGGAUUGUUCCAAAUACUAGUUGCACUGCUCUGUUUAUAAUUGUUAAUAUUAGACAAACAGUAGACAAAAGCAGCGGCAAGUCAAUUGUAUUAGCAGA